AUGGCACAUAUACCGACUGAGCUAACUCAAGUGACCAAUAUAAUCACUCUUAUCUUCUGCAUGUUGUAUGAUAACUGCGUCUGCAUCGACGUCAUCAACAUCAACGACAAAAGUAGCAGAAGCGGCAACAACGAUAUUCAAGAGCGACAGCUAUCUCGCCACGCAGCAGUGGUCACCAAUCAUAACUAUGCUGUUGAUGAUGUUACCAAAGAUUGUGAACAGUUCCCGAACCUAGAAAGAGAUUUUGGUCUCAUUUCGUCUGAGGAAUGUUCCAUAGGAAGUUGCAGCAACGCAAGCAGCAGUAGUCAGCAUUGCUGUUGCUGUUGUUGGAAGAUUGUAAACAAUCACACAAGCAACAAAAGUAAUAACAACAAGUUGAGUCCUAAUCAGAGUCACGAUGGUAUCAGGAAGCCGAAGAAGAAGUUGACGAUGAAGAAACAUACGAACGAUCAUUAUCAUUAUGACGAUGACGUUGUCGUUGACGAUGGUAAUGAUGAUGGCAAAAACUGUGAUGAUAACGACUAUGAGAAUGAUGAUGCCGGUGAAUGGUCCGAUAAGCAAAGUGAAUCAUCAUCACUCCCGGAUAUCAUCCCAAAGACAGCAGUUAACAGUGUCGCUGCUGAUUCUGAGAGAGGCUGCAAUUUGAAGAAGAGAAACUUGAAUAAGAAAAAUGAAGGUGCCAGCAAGCGACACAUCAGCAACAACACUGGACAGGCAAACAGUGCUAACAACAACAAAACAACCGUAAAAAGGAAUGCCCAAGGGGCCCUUGUUGCUGUCAUUUAA